AUGGAAGCAAAAAUUAGCAAUAUAACUGAUCCCGAUCGGACAUCGGUCGAUGUAUGGAAAAGUUUGAAAGGUCCUAAUGCUACACGUGAAACACGUAUGGAAGUAGUAGCGUGGAUAGCUGUAUGUCAGUUUUAUUGUCGAUUAGAAGGUGGCUUUGUUCGUGAUUGGGUUGUGGGUAAUUAUUCCUCAAAACCAGCUAAUCUACCACCGAAUCAAUGGGUACGAUAUCAACCAUCUGGUGUACCCUAUUUAAAUACACAGCUUGUUCCAUCAGAUCUCGACUGUCAUUUACCACAGUCAAAAAAUUUCGACAUUGAAGCUUUUAUAGAUGCAUUAUAUGGCUAUGGAAUUUCAGCAACGGCGAUUCGACAAGAUUGGCGUUAUGUAGUUUUGAUAGAUGAAAAUACUAAGACUGGUCCAUUUACAGUGGAUUUAAUAGAAUCACAUAUUGCUUUAACGCAUGAUCGUAUUGAUUUCGAUGUUAGUAAUUUAUCAUUAGAACGAGGAUAUACAAAAGAUUUGGGCAUGCGUGUUGAUAUUACUGGUGGAUCAUAUCCAAUUCAACUUGAAACGAUUGUUGAAAACAUUCGAAAUAAAAAUUUGCAAGUUUUACGACCAAUUGAUGGCGAAAAUGGACCAAAUACAUCGGGCACGGUUGCUGAACGUAUACAGAGGAUGAGAUCAAGAGGGUGGACACAAAUUGGUACACCAUUGGCGUUUAUCCCAGAUCCCCCGUCAACUUACAAUGCUGUUCUUGUACCUUAUCCAUCUGCCACAGUACUCUAUCAAGAUCUUGUGACUCAAAUCAAAAAGAUACCUGGAGCAAAUGUUAUAUCGAUUGAACAAAUAAAAAACCCUAAUAUUGAAGCAUUGUAUGAAUAUAUGAAACGAACAAUAGCAAAAGAAUGUCCUGGUAACGAUCCAAAUGAGCGAGAAUUAUUUCAUGGCACUGGUGGUAAAGCAAUUGAAGGAAUAAUUAACGCAGGUUUUGAUGAUCGAUUCUUUUCUCCUAGUGGUGCAUGGGGUAUGUUAAGAUUAUCAUUUGCAAACUGUUG